AACAGGGGCUAAAAAUAAUUUCGUGUUUUGUGAUGGUUUCGUGCUCAAGGAAAGUCACAGCUUGACGAUUAUGAUAGAGGUGCUGUGAGUAAACAAACAAACAAUGGGAAAUACAGGACUAGGGAAGCAUAAAGAUGUGCACAACUCAGAUUCUACUUUAGAAUUUGAAACUGGCAAGAAAAUGUUCCCCAGUGAGCAAGAAGCUAAGAUGAUUUUAUCAGCAAGGGAACCAGAAAUUGAUGAUCAUAGUGAUUAUGACUAUGAUGAUGACUCUAUGGAAGGGGAGCCACCACAAAAAAGAACAGUACCAACAGUGUUUACCUGGGAGAAUGGUGGCAGAGAAGUCUUACUUUCUGGGAGUUUUAAUGACUGGAAAACAAGAAUCCCUAUGAACCUAAGCCAAGGGGAAUUCUCAACAAUAAUUGAGCUGCCUGAAGGCGAGCAUGAGUACAAGUUUUGUGUUGAUGGCCGCUGGAUUCAUGACCCAAAUGCUCCAACCACAAACGACAAUUUUGGGGGCAGAAACAAUGUCAUUAAUGUAAAGAAGUCUGACUUUGAAGUGUUUCAAGCUCUGGAGUCUGAUGCUACUGCCAGUAUUGGUUCUGCUGGCUCGAUCAGUAAGUAUAGACAACCUUAAGUUAUAGACUUCUCCUUUAAGACUUCUUGUAUCAAUGUGGAUCAUCAAUUAAUGGACAUCUUAAAGUUGUCUUUAUAAUACAGAUUAUUCAGUUCUAGAAAAUAUCGAUAAUUCCCCCACAGAAGGGAAUGGAAUUUCCUGGGGGGUGG